AUGAGUGCUUAUGCUGACAUCUGUGCAUCCAACCAGGCACAGCAAGGUACCACAGAGAAUAACCAUCAGCGCUAUGGAGUUCGCUCUUACCUGCAUCAGUUUUAUGAGGACUGCACAGCAUCCAUUUGGGAGUAUGAGGAUGAUUUUCAGAUUCAGAGAUCGCCCAGCAGGUGGAGCUCUGCAUUCUGGAAGGUCGGACUCAUCUCAGGGACAGUGUUUAUGCUGAUAGGGAUCAUUGUUCUUAUAGUAGGUUUUUUGGUGCCCCCCAAAAUUGAAGCCCUGGGUGUCAAAGAUUUUGUGGUGGUAGAUACACAUGCUAUUCAGUUUAACAGAGCCCUUGAUGUAUGUAAGUUGGCAGGAGCAAUUUUGUUUUGCAUUGGAGGGACCACAAUGGCAGCCUGCCUGCUAAUGUCUGCAUUUGCCAAAAGCUACUCCAAAGAAGAAAAGUACCUACAGCAGAAAUUUAAAGAGAGAAUAGCGGACAUGAAAGCCCACACACACCCAAUCACAAAAGCCCCAGCACCUGGAGAAUCCAAAAUACCCGUUACUUUGUCCAAAAUUCAGAAUGUCCAGCCAUUAUCUGAAACCUGA